AUGGGGAUAGAUCACGACAUCCUCACAUUCGACGUCAAAUUUGCAAUGGCAGGUGGUUCCCGACAGCAAUGGAUCGCAAUGGUAGUUGUUGUUGUGAUAAUAGGUUCAGCGCCAUUAUUCUGGGCAUGUCCUUACACAUCCAUCUUCAGCUUCGGUGAUUCCCUUGCAGACACUGGUAACUUGUAUUUCACCUCUACUCAACACCAUUGCUUUCUCCCUCCAUACGGUGAAACCUACUUUCACCACCCUUCUGGACGCUGCUCCGAUGGACGCCUCAUCCUUGAUUUCAUCGCUGAGUCUCUGGGAGUUCCAUUGGUGAAACCCUAUGUCGGAAUCAAGAAUGGUAAAUUGAAGGGUUGGAGUGUGGAUGAGGGAGCAAAUUUUGCUGUUAUAGGAGCCACUGCGUUGGAUACUAGUUUCUUUGAAGAGAAGGGUAUUCAUAUUAUUCCAAGCAAUGAUUCUUUGACGGUUCAAUUGAAUUGGUUCAAGGAAUUGCUCUCAGCUUUCUGCAAUUCUUCAAACAGCUGCCAUGAAGUUCUUGGGAACUCAUUGUUUCUUGUGGGAGAGAUUGGAGGCAACGAUUUCAAUUAUCCUUUGUUUUUACGAAAGAACAUAGCGGAGGUUAAAGCAUAUGUGCCGUAUGUAAUCAAUGCAAUAACUUCAGUUAUCAAUGAAUUGAUUGACUUGGGGGCUCGCACGCUCAUGGUUCCGGGGAAUUUACCAGUGGGAUGCAAUGCAGUCUAUUUAACAUUAUAUGAAACCAAAGAUAAAAACCAAUAUGACCCAGCUGGGUGCUUAAAGUGGUUAAACGAGUUCGCUGAAUAUUACAACCAGAAGCUCCAAAGUGAAUUAGAUAGGCUUCGAGGACUUCAUCCUCAUGCUAAUAUCAUCUAUGCUGAUUAUUACAAUGCUGCAUUGCCAUUAUAUGAUUAUCCCACGAAAUUUGGUUUUACAGGUCUCAAAGCCUGUUGUGGAAUGGGAGGUCCGUACAAUUUCAAUGCAUCAGCUGAAUGUGGCGAUCCAGGUGUGAUUGCCUGUGAUGAUCCUUCUCAGCAUAUUGGGUGGGAUGGUGUUCAUUUGACCGAGGCCGCACAUAGAUUGAUUGCUGAAGGUUUAAUAAAUGGACCAUAUUCUCUUCCUCAAUUUAGUACCUUGUGCUUCAUGAAUGUAAGCUUUGGAUAUGUCGAUGUAUAGCUACGAC